GUGGUCUCUGGCCUCAUCACCCACCCCCAAUUCUUCAACCAAGAUACCCUCCAAUUUCCUACAAAUCUCAAGCUAGAAAAGAAUACAUUUUUGUGAUCAUGAUCGGGGGAGAUGACAUAUACAAAGUGGUGACUUCCAUGUUGCCACUUUACACCGCAAUCCUCUUAGGUUACGCCUCCGUGAAAUGGUGGCAUAUGUUCAAGCCAGCAGAUUGCGACGCCAUAAACCGCUUCAAUUGCUAUUUCGUCAUGCCAUUCUUCACCUUCCAUUUCAUCUCCACCGUGAAUCCUUACAGUAUGAACUACCGCUUCUUUGCCGCGGAUGUCAUGGCUAAAGUGCUGAUCGGUUUGGUUGUUGUUUUGUGGGCUAACCUGAGCAAGAGAGGGAGCUUUUCUUGUUCCAUUACUACUUUCUCUUUGUCUAGUUUGAACAACACGCUCGUCGUUGGGGUGCCAUUGUUGGAAGCCAUGUAUGGAGAUGAAGGAAGAGACCUUGUUAUACAAUCAUCGGUCAUUCAAUCGCUUUUGUGGUUUAUUUGUUUGUUGUUUAUGUUGGAAAUGAGCCAUGCCAAAGCGAUGGAUAUUGAAGAUAUUGAGAUGGGAAGAAAAGAUGACAAUGCUAAUACUAUCCUGACUACGGCCACCACCACGACCAGAUCUCUCUCAUCUUGUGGUGCAAUGAAAAUUGUUUUGGUAAAGCUUGCUUUGAACCCUAACACAUAUGCCUGUGUUCUUGGUCUUCUUUGGGCUCUUCUUGCCAAAAGGUGGCAUUUUGGGAUGCCGAAAAUUAUUGAGGGAUCAAUUUCGAUAAUGUCGAAAGGAGGAGCUGGUUUGGCUAUGUUUAGUAUGGGGCUAUUCAUGGCAUUGCAAGAAAAAAUCAUAGCUUGUGGAGUGGGAUUAACUUUGUACGCCAUGGUUUUGAGGUUUGUGGUUGGACCAGUAACAACGGCUGUUGGUGCUUUUGCCAUGGGUUUGCAUGGUGAUGUCUUGCGCAUUGUAGUGAUUCAGGCAGCGCUGCCACAAGCCCUAGCCUCAUUUGUUUACGCCCAAGAAUAUGGAUUGCAUGCUCAAGUGCUCAGCACCGCGGUUAUUUUCGGCACAGUGGUAUCUCUGCCUUUGCUAGUAGGGUAUUAUGCUCUUCUGGACAUCUUGGGUUGAUGAAAUGCGAGGUCGAAAUAUUUGGUCAGCUGGUGCAUAUAGUUGAGCUAAUUAUGCAUCCGUCCUCGCCGCAAACUUUUUCUAUCAAUUCGAGCUGGUUUAUUUUCUCAAAAUAAUAACGCAUAAUAAUAUGUGGCUACCUAUACUGUAGAGAAGUGAUGAGUUACUACUCCACUUGAUUUUUUACAAAAUGAACAAAUUAGUGCAGAUAACCCUAGUGUAACAUGAAGAUUUUCAUCCUCUCCAGAAAGCAAAACAGAAUUAACUUAUAUUAACAAGGUGGAAUACACACCAACGUGAUUAGUUACACUGACGCCCUUCUUAACAUACAUACAACCCUCACUACAAUCUCGCAAUCCUCUUCCACGCAAAAAAAAA